AUUCCAAGAACGUCUGGAUUGUCUUCACACCAGUAUACUGGAGUUAUACGUCUAUCUCCCAAUCAGACGUCCCCAUCGGAUCCCGUGCUUCGCCAGCAAUGUGCACGUACUUGUGGAAGUGUUUCAAAUAUGUUUUCCUCUGAACUGGAAGUCGUUGACUGGAGUGAAAUAUUUUUCUUCAAAAUUGACUCCCUGGAUGACUAUAGCUUGGAAUUAAUUGUGACAGACAUCGGAAAUGGCGCACCUGUUGGCACUUUUUCAGCUCCGUUGAAGCAGAUAGCACGAGAUAUGAAGGACAACCUAUACCAGCAUAAUUAUGCCAAUGACCUUGUCUGGUUAGACUUGUCCACAACUGAAACCAUGAGCAUGGACCAAGGGGAUCAAAGAAAGAACUGCGGAAAAAUAAGAUGUGCUGUACUGUUGCCAGCUAAAUUGAAAAUGUUGGACCAAAGCAAAUCCUCAAGUGAAAAAAAAUCUGGAUUUAUUCAAGUAAGUCCUAGCAUUGAGGGACCUUGGACGACAGUGAGGCUGAAUUACGCUUCGCCUGCUGCUUGCUGGCGAUUGGGAAAUGAUGUCGUUGCAAGUCAAGUUAGUAUGGAGGAUGGAAACAGAUACGUAAAUGUCAGGUCUCUAGUUUCGGUGGAAAACAACACUGACUUCCUUCUUGAUAUCUGUCUGGAGGCCAAAGCCCGUUCAUUUCCAGAUAUAUCAAUUGGGUUGCUGAAACCUGGCGAUACAUUGCCGGUUCCGUUAUCAGGAUUGACACAGUCUGCAUCGUAUGUUCUGAAGCUGAAGUGUGUAAUGCGUGAUGGUUCUGAUGAAUAUUCUUGGAGUUAUGUGGUUUCAAGGCCUGGGGAACCAGAGGUUGCUUGUGAAUCAGAGUCUGAAAUAUGUAUAUCUUCUCUUACUGAAUCUGAGCACUUGCUAUGCUGUACUCAGAUAAGCAGUACUUCCGGAGACAAUAAAAAAUUAUGGUUCUGUUUGAAAACCCAAGCAACAGAAAUCGCAAAGGAUAUACGUUCGGACCCAAUUCAAGACUGGACUCUUGUGGUCAAAUCACCGUUUUCUAUAGCAAAUUGUCUUCCAUUUGGAGCUGAGUACUCAGUGCUUGAGAAGCAAGCCAGUGGUCAUUGUAUUGAUCAAUGCAGAGAUGUCUUUGGUUCUGGGGAAACUGUGAAGGUGCAUACUGUCGAUAUAAGGAACCCUUUAUACUUUACUUUGCUGCCACAAAGAGGAUGGCUACCAAUGCAUGAUGCUGUCCUUAUAUCUCACCCAACUGAUGUCCCUGCAAAGACAAUUAGCCUAAGAAGUUCUGCCACUGGAAGGAUUGCUCAAAUAAUACUGGAGCAAAAUUAUGAUGACCAGCAGAAAGUUUUGACGAAGAUGAUCAGAAUCUACGCUCCAUUCUGGUUUUCGAUUGCGAAGUGUCCCGCGCUUACACUUAGACUUCUAGAUCUGCCAGGGAAUAAGAAAACAAAAAAAAUUGGUCUUCCAUUUCGAAAUAAAAAAAAUGACGAAGUAGUCCCGGUGGAGAUAACUGAAGAAGACAUAUAUGAAGAUCAUACAAUUGCUUCUAAUUUGAAUUUCAAACAUAUGAGCCUUUCAGUGUCUAUAUCUCAAUCUGGCAAUCAGCAACAUGGUCCUGCAAAAGAUCUUUCUGCCCUUGGUGACAUGGAUGGAUCUUUGGAUGUGGAUGCGUAUGAUCCCGAAGGAAAAUGCAUGCGGCUAUUUCUAUCUACAAAACCUUGCGGUUAUCAGUCAGUUCCUACAAAGAUCAUAUCUGUACGACCAUUCAUGACAUUCACCAACAGGAUCGGUGAAGACAUAUAUAUUAAACUGAACAGUGAUGAUGAACCAAAAGUACUCGGUGCAUAUGAUUCGAGGGUCUCCUUUGUUUUCCAACCAAGUGGGAGAGAUGAACUUCAGGUGCGGUUAAGAGAAACAGACUGGUCAUUUCCUAUUCAAGUUGCUCGAGAAGACACAAUUGUUCUUGUAUUAAGGAGUCAAAGUGGUGCUCGUAGAUUUUUGAAAGCAGAGAUACGAGGAUUUGAAGAAGGUUCACGUUUUAUAGUUGUAUUUCGACUUGGACCAAGCAAUGGUCCUAUGAGGGUUGAGAAUAGAACAACUGUCAAAAGAAUCAGUGUCCGCCAAUCUGGUUUUAGUGAAGAUUCGUGGGUUUUGUUGGAACCUCUUACCACAGUAAAUUUUGCUUGGGAAGAUCCUUAUGGUCAGAAAUUUUUGGAUGCUAAGGUUGAAAGUGACCACCGCGCUGGGGUUUUUAGACUAGACAUGGAAAAUAGUGUUGUGGAUUCUGAAUUGUGUAGGGACUUAGAGGUGAACUUUCAUGUUAAAGAAGUAGGUGACAUCAAGAUUGCUAGAUUCACUGAUGAUGACAGUACGUCACAGAGUCCUCAUGAAAUCAUAUCUUUGACAUCGGUUGGGAAUCAUGGAUAUUCUACUUCUCAGACACCUUCAGAACACAAGACCACCACUCUGGAGUUCAUUGUCGAAAUGGGACUAGUGGGGAUCUCACUUGUAGAUCACACGCCAAAAGAGCUAUCAUAUUUUUAUCUUGAAAAAGUUUUCGUAUCGUACUCUACUGGGUAUGAUGAGGGAAGGACUAGCAGGUUCAAAGUCAUACUGGGCCAUUUACAGAUUGAUAACCAGCUACCUCUAACUCUAAUGCCAGUACUAUUGGCACCAGAUAAAGCUGGAGAUAGUCAUCAACCCGUGCUUAAGAUGACAAUUACAAUGUGUAAUGAAGAAACUGAUGGCACCCAAGUGUAUCCAUAUGUAUAUGUACGGGUGACAGAUAAUACCUGGCGACUAAACAUUCACGAGCCUAUCAUUUGGGCUUCGUCUGAAUUCUACAAUAAGCUCCAGAUGGAUCGUCUCCCGAAAAGUUCUAGUGUCGCGCAAGUUGAUCCUGAGAUACAUAUAAACCUCAUAGAUGUUUCAGAGGUAAGGCUGAAGGUCUCACUGGAAACAGCGCCAGCUCAGAGGCCUCAUGGAAUUCUGGGUGUUUGGAGUCCGAUUUUGUCUGCUGUUGGAAAUGCAUUUAAAAUUCAGGUCCAUCUGAGGAGAGUAAUGCACAGAGAUCGGUUCAUACGGAAAAGUUCAAUACUUCCAGCCAUUGGGAAUCGUAUAUGGAGAGAUCUGAUCCACAAUCCUUUACAUUUGAUUUUCUCAGUAGAUGUUUUGGGUAUGACUAGCUCAACAUUGGCUUCUCUUAGUAGAGGAUUUGCGGCGCUUUCAACUGAUGGUCAAUUCCUGCAACUGAGGGAAAGACAGGUUUGGUCGAGGAGGAUCACUGGUGUAGGUGAUGCUUUUGUUCAAGGAACGGAAGCCCUAGCACAAGGUGUUGCCUUCGGAGUAUCAGGAGUUGUUACGAAGCCGGUAGAGAGUGCCCGACAAAAUGGUAUCUUAGGGUUUGCCCAUGGGGUAGGACGGGCUUUCCUAGGAUUUUUCGUACAACCGAUGAGUGGUGCAUUAGAUUUUUUCUCAUUGACCGUUGAUGGAAUUGGAGCAAGUUGCACCCGAUGUUUGGAGGUUUUGAGCAACAGGACUGCGUUGGAGAGAAUUAGAAAUCCUCGUGCAGUUCAUGCUGAUGGUAUACUCAGGGAAUAUGACGAGAGGGAAGCUAUAGGCCAGAUGCUCCUGCACCUAGCAGAAGCAAGUCGGCAUUUUGGCUGUACAGAGAUAUUCAGGGAACCCUCAAAAUUCGCUUUAUCUGAUUGCUAUGAAGAACAUUUCCUUGUUCCAUACAAACGCAUUGUCAUUGUGACAAACAAGAGGGUUGUGCUAUUGCAGUGCUCUGAUAUGGAUAAGAUGGAUAAGAAACCCAGCAAGAUCAUGUGGGAUGUGCCUUGGGAGGAACUUAUGGCGUUGGAAUUGGCAAAGGCAGGUGGCCAAAGGCCCUCGCAUCUCAUACUGCAUCUGAAGACCUUUCAGAAGUCAGAGAGCUUUGCUCAGGUUAUUAAGUGCAGCGUGUCGGAAGAAUCAGAUGUACUAGAACCCCAAGCUGUUCGAAUUUGUUCAGUAGUGCGAAAAAUGUGGAAAGCAUAUCAGUCCAACAUGAAAAAUCAUGUUCUCAAGGUUCCUUCAAGCCAGAGACAUGUGUAUUUUGCUUGGAAUGAGGCUGAUGGGAGAGACUCGAAAUCGUACAGCAACAAGGCUAUUAUAAAAUCGAGAGAACUUUCUUCUUCCUCAAAUUCUGUCUCGGAUGAUAGGAAGUUUGUCAAACAUACUAUCAAUUUCUCAAAAAUCUGGAGUAGUGAGCGAGAAUCCAAAGGUCGAUGUACUCUGUGCAAAAAGCAGGUUUCUGAAGAUGGAGGAGUGUGCACUAUAUGGAGACCCAGUUGUCCAGAGGGAUUUGUGUCAGUAGGUGAUGUAGCUCAUGUUGGUAGCCAUCCUCCAAAUGUUGCUGCUGUUUACAAUAACACCGAGGGAGUGUUUGCACUUCCAGUGGGUUAUGACCUCGUGUGGAGGAACUGCUUAGAUGAUUACGUAAGUCCUGUGUCGAUCUGGCAUCCUCGGGCUCCUGAAGGAUUCGUAUCUCCUGGAUGCGUUGCAGUUGCUAGUUUCAAGGAGCCAGAGCCCAACACAGUGUAUUGCAUGCCGACGUCUCUGGCUGAGCAGACGGAGUUUGAGGAACAGAAGGUUUGGUCGUCACCUGACUCGUAUCCGUGGGCAUGCCACAUAUACCAGGUCAGGAGUGACGCACUACACUUCAUGGCUCUGAGGCAAACCAAAGAAGAGUCUGAUUGGAGAGCCAUUAGAGUUCGAGAUGAUUACAGAUCCAUGGAAUCUGAAUCUGCAAGGAACUUGCGUAUAGAAUGAAUCUUUUCCACACAUUUUCGUUUGCUUUUGGAAAGAAGAUUAUGCUUCUUGUAAAGAUCUAGACUUUGCAAAACAGGGAGAGGUUUCUGUGUUUUUUUUUCCUUUUGGGGUUUUCGUCAAAGAUAGCUUUUGCGUUGAUCUGUUUAAAAUUUGUGUGUAUAACAGAGUUAGGCAUUCUCGGAAGGAUCUAUCUGUACACUUUGCUCUUUGUUACAAAACCCAAAUGUUUUUGAGUUUUUUUCUCAAAACAUGAAUGCUUCUCAUCUUUUACAUUCGAGUUUCUUUUAAUAAUAAGAAGAAUCCUUUGUU